CAAGUUCCCGAGCAGUUUUGUUAAUAAAACAAAAAUUCCAGGGGAGAGAUGGAAGGAAAUGGGAACCCAGCGGACUCUCUCUCCCCUUCUACCUGCUCUGAGCUGUGUGUACCCUGAACUCCCACCAAGCAUCUGCCAGUGGCUAUGGCCUGUGAGCACCGGAAAUGCAGCUCGGCGUCUGGUAGAAACUCUGCCUCCUCAGAGCAGAGGGAUGGAAACUUCUGCCCCCAACAGCCUUUGCUAGAAACUUCCCUCUCUGUGGUUUGUCUCUGUCAUUCCCUUGAUAAAAGAAGCUGAGCUGCCAUGUAACCAACGUUCGCACAUCACGUCUUCACACACACGUAGACGCCCCUCACGAGCAGGCUGCCUGCGCAAGGAUGCACCAUGCGCUCUGAACUGGGGCAUUCUCCGUCACCAGGGCGUGGGGCGCGGCUGAUUUUCCGUGUGUGUAUCCUGUACUCCAGGCUCCAAGUGGCCCCUCGAGACGGAGAGAUGGGGAACAGCAUGAAAUCUACCCCGGCACCCCCUGAGAGGCCUCUACCCAGCUCAGAUGGUCUGGAGAGUGACUUCCUGGCUGUGUUGAGUGAUUACCCGUCUCCUGACAUCAGCCCCCCAAUAUUCAGGCGUGGGGAGAAGCUGCGAGUGAUAUCUGACGAAGGGGGCUGGUGGAAAGCCAUUUCACUCAGCACUGGCCGUGAGAGUUACAUUCCUGGAAUAUGCGUGGCUAGGGUUUACCAUGGAUGGCUAUUUGAGGGGCUGGGCAGAGACAAGGCUGAGGAGCUGCUGCAGCUGCCAGACACGAAGAUGGGCUCAUUCAUGAUCAGAGAAAGCGAGACGAAGAAAGGUUUUUACUCGCUGUCGGUGAGGCACAGGCAGGUGAAGCAUUACCGCAUCUUCCGCUUGCCAAACAACUGGUACUACAUUUCCCCGCGACUCACCUUCCAGUGCCUGGAGGACCUGGUCAACCACUAUUCCGAGGUGGCUGACGGUUUGUGCUGUGUGCUGACUACGCCCUGCCUGACACAAAGUACAGCUGCCCCGGCCACCAGAGCUGCCAGCUCGCCAGUCACCUUGCGCCAGAAGACUUUUGACUGGAAGCAGGUGUCCAGGCUGCAGGAGGACGCUGAGGGGACAGGGAACCCGCUCGGGGUGGAUGAGUCCCUUUUCAGCUAUGGCCUGCGGGAGAGUAUCGCCUCCUAUCUGUCCCUAACCAGCGACGACAGCACCCCCUUCGACCGGAAGAAGAAAAGUGUUUCCCUGAUGUACAGUGGCAGCAAGAGGAAGAGCUCCUUCUUCUCUUCACCACCAUACUUUGAGGACUAGCUGGAGAGCAGCCAGCCAGCCAUGAGGCAUGGAGGUUCCAACUGUCACUCAGUGUCCUGUCCCAACUAGGGUGCCCGAGGCAGUGGAGCUGAGAGAAGCCCCUUGGGAACUCAAGCUCUCCUCCUCUUUGCCCACGCUGUGACCACAAGGACCUGGGGUCUGAUGAGUGUUGUGACUCUUGAUGGGCCAGGGCCGGGUAUGUGCACAUGGUGAAGAUGGGCAGGACAAAGAUUCACACAAGCACGGGAGUCUGGCCCAUUCUACAGGAAACUGUCCAUUGAUCACACUCCGGGGACACUGGAAAGUCUGAGAGGAAGACUGACCAAGAUCUGGGCCUGGUGGGUGGUCUGGGUUUGCAGAUGGGUUCCUGCACGGAACUUUGUAACCUAGGGGAUGUCAUCUUUCAUGUGAAGGGCACUCCGUGACACUAAACACUAGCCCAA